UCAGCAUCAAAAAAAAUUCAAACUCUUUACUACCACACUCAUCUACAUAGUGUGAACUGCACAAACCUCGAAAAUGAAACUCUCACCCUUCACCAUCCUCUUCUUUCCCCUCGCAAUCAGCGCCUGCUCCAACUAUCAAUCCUGCCACUGCUACGACUCGAACGGAGUCCCCAACAACGCCGCCACAGCACAAGUAUGCGCCGGGUUUGGCGACAGAGCCUCAAUGGCAGAUGCGAGUCGCGGGUCCGAUGGCGCACGCGAGUGCAAGGCCAACAAGUCAAAGGAAGUUGUGUUUAGCAAUUGUUCUUGGAGGCAGUGGUGCCAGAUCGCGGGCGCGACGGGCAAGGAUAGCAGUUGCCGGGAUAAGAAGACAUAGAGUGUUUGAGUUUGAGAGUUUGAGAGCUGGAGGUUCAGGGGGAAAGAGGGAGAAAUAAGAAAUGUUGGUAGGGAUCUAUUGAUGAUUUUGAGUAUGAGAGUGGGGUUAUGCUUGACGCUUCCGCUUAUGGAAGGAGUCGUUGUGCACGACAUUUCUAGUUAUGGCAUGAGACAUUUUAGAUCGACAUACGGAGCUUGGGAGUGAAGUAGUGUGUUUUUCGCCGUAUUUGUAUCGUGCCUAGAAAUGCGGGUGAUCCAUGGACUGCACCAUGAACUUGGUAUUUAACGGUUCAUUC